AUGGAUAUUUUGUAUGAUACUAGUGUAAGAGGAGUCAAGCCUUCUUUCUUUCCUCUGCCUGUUGGUUUGAAAUUGUCACAAGACUCAAAGACUGUUCUUUCUGAUCCUGAGAAGUAUUGCAGAUUGCUAUACUUAGGCAUGACUAGGCCUGAUAUCAGUCUUUUCUAUCCUGCAGCUAGUGAUCACACGCUACAUGCUUUUUAUGAUUAUGAUUGGGGUGCAUGUGUGGACGCUAGAAAGUCUGUUACUAGGUUUUGUAUCUUCUUUGAUCAGUCACUUAUUUCCUGGAAGAGUAAGAAGCAUAACACUACUUCUCAUUCUUCUGCAGAUGCAGAGUAUAGAUCAAUGGCUGCUACCACUUGCGAGCUUCUUUAG